UGUGGGGAGUGGUGGGCCGGGCUCCCAGCCAGCACAGACCAGACAUGGGGACCUGGGUUCCAGGGCCCUGCCUGGGACCAGUGCCCCCAUGGACCUGGGUCCCUUCGGGCUACUGGCCUGCAAGCCUGGGUGACCCUGGGUAGGUGGCCUCUGCUUCCCGCCCAGAGUCUGUCCAAGGCAGGGCCGGAGGCCACCCAGGCAGCCCCCCAGCCCUGGCUCUGUCUAGGGGACCCCCUGGCUGCCCCCUCCCACACCCCUGGGCCCCAGGUGCCGGCAGCCCGGCCCUCCCUGCCUCUGGGGCCCGGGACCGGCCUGGGCCUCAUGGUGUGUGCGGGGGCGGGGGUCCAGGAGGACAGCCCUGUCCACUACCCUGAGGACGAAGGCAGCGGCCAGGGCCCCCUCUACUCCCUGGACAACAACCACACCCACUUCGUCCUGGUGGAGCCGGGGAGCCCCGGGAAGGGGGACGGGCCGACGGAGCUGAGGCUGAGGCUGGAGAAGCACAUCUCCGAGCAGAGAACCGGCUACGGGGGCACCGGCAGCAUCGAGAUCCCCGUCCUCUGUCUGCUGGUCAAUGGUGACCCCGGCACCCUGGAGAGGAUUUCCUGGGCCGUGGAGCACGCUGCCCCGUGGCUGAUCCUGGCGGGCUCAGGGGGCAUCGCAGACGUGCUGGCGGCCCUGGUGACGCAGCCCAGCCUCCUGGUGCCCCAGGCAGUGGAGAAACAGCUCAAAGAGAAGUUUCCGGGCGAACAUCUGCGCUGGGAGGACGUCAUGCACUGGACCCGGCUGCUGCAGACCAUCACCUCCCACCCGCACCUGCUCACCGUGCACGACUUCGAGCAGGAGGGCUCCGAGGAGCUGGACACCGUCAUCCUUAAGGCCCUGAUAAAAGCCUGCAAGAGCCACAGCCAGGAGGCACAGGACUACCUGGACGAGCUCAAGCUGGCCGUGGCCUGGGACCGAGUGGACAUCGCCAAGAGCGAGAUCUUCAACGGGGACGUGGAGUGGAAGGUGCCUGCCCCGCCACCGGCCAGCUGACGCCUCCUGCGCCUCCCUUCUGGCCGACACAGGGCGAGGA